AUGUCAUCAUUCCAAUCGUCUUCUUCACUGAACACGAAAGUGGUGAAAAAACUUACAGCUCUUAUAAUAGAUGAUGACAUUGUAGUUCGAAUGGUCCCCAAAGAACUUCUAAGAAAAUUUGGUGUGGAAACUCAUGAGGCAAAAAAUGAUCAAGAAGCGGUUCAUGCUCAUCACAAUUGUGCAUGCUUUGAUAUGAUUAUGAUGGACUUGGAUAUGCCAGUAAUGAACAGUCGUCAAGCAACUAAGGAACUUCGAGAUAUGCAUGUUGAUAGCUUGAUUGUGGAAAUGACUUCUCGCAAAAAAGAAGAAGAGGAGAAAUCAUUCAUGGAUGUUGGCCUUGAUUAUUAUUAUCAGAAGCCGCUUACUAUUGAUGUCGUUCGCGAUCUUGUUGAGAAAAUUAAGGAAAAUGCUUAA